AAAGUCACAUGAUUGGCCAAGAUGGAGGAGGUGGAUAACAUCAUUAUCCAUUCCUUGAAAUCCAUUGACUGCGACCUUGACGAUGAUAUUGUCAGUCUGAAACAGUUUAAUACAGAGCUUAUUGUCUCAACCAUCGUGAGUUGCAUCAAGUUCAUCAACAAUGAGAUUGACUUGCCAAACACGCUCCCACCGGGCAUGUCUGCUCGCUUCAGAAUGGGAGCCAGCCUGGCCAACUGUAUUCAGGAUCUUGGAUACCGUGGAGACCUGGGCUACCAAACAUUCCUGUAUUCCAAUGAGAGUGAAAUCAGGAAGAUAUUUAUGUUCCUGGUUGAGAAGCUACCUAAAGAUACCUCCCAGACAGCUGAGGAACCACUAGGAUCCUCUGUGCUGCUGCAGAGAGCAAUCUCCGCUGUUAUUUCUCGGCAGAUGCAGUCGCCAUGGACACCACCAUAUUUAAAAAAUAAGGGCGUCACAUGGCGGGGGAAACCACCUACUUGGCAGAGAGAGAGUGCAUGUUGCAUGCAUAACUUCCAUGCAUCACACCUGACUGCACCGGAGGGAAUAGCUGAUCUCAGCAAGAAAAUACCGAAAGAGCUGCGAGCCUACUACAGUCAGAGCCUCCCAUUUGUUACAAAGCAGACGUUGCACCAUUUUGACACUGCACCCUCUGUGAUUGAACAGAACUCGUGUGAAGUUGUAGCGCACCAGGAGUGGGAGACUGAGUGGAACCAGUCGGGGCUGGCAUCCAGGCUGUCCCAGCAGGAAUUCCGAGCCAAAAAGAAACUGAAGAUACAGCGAAUGAUAUCUGACCGUCUGCGUCAGGACGCACAGAGGCGAGAAGGAGCUCGGGAAGCAGACAUGCUCCGUGACCUUCAACAAGUCAUUUCCUCUUCAGCAAUCCGAGCCAAGUCGGGAGUCAAAACGAAAGGCUCACGGUUUGCUCAUACAGAAAAACUUAUGUUUGGAAAGGAUGAUGAGAAGACCAUGGCCCAGAUUGGUGGAGAAGUGCCAACCAAAGAUACAGAAGAGGAGCAGAAACAGAAACGAGAGGAGGAGGUUGAGUCUCUGCGUGCGGAGUUGGGGGAGCUGGCGUCACGACUUGAACAACUGGACACUGAGAACCGCAAGUUUGCAGCCAGUCAGCAGCAGAUGCAGGACGCCAUAAGUACGGAUACUCGCAAGAUGGAUGACAAGGAGCAAGCAUACAGGGUCAAGAAGAGGACACUAGAUCUGCUACCUGAUGCUGAGAAUAACAUAGCCAAAUUACAGGAACUGGUGGACAAUAGUGGCAAGAAACUGAUCCUCCUUGCAUCCAAGUGGGAGGAACACAGGGCGCCACUCAUCGACCAGUACCGAGAACUCCGCGACCUCAACUCAAAGAAAGAGUCCGAAGCCCAGAAGAAACUGGAGGAGAUCAAGGCAUUCCGUGCUCGAAUGAAGGAGGUCGCUGAUGAUACUCGCCACAAAGAGGAGCUUCACAAACAACUGCAAUCAGAGUAUGAAAGGAUGACCAAAGAUGUAAACAGGUCAGCAUAUACACGGAAAAUUAUGGAAAUCGUAGGGAAUAUAAAGAAACAGAAACAAGAGAUAGACAAGGUAUUAGUGGAUACAAGAGAAAUCCAAAAGGAAAUAAACUCUUUAUCAGGAAAAAUUGAUAGAACGUUUAUUGUCACCGAUGAGUUGAUAUUUAAGGAUGCCAAGAAGGAUGAGGCGGUGAAGAAAGCUUACAGAUUUCUUGCUGCUCUACAUGAAAACUGUGACCACCUGAUCAAGACUGUGGAGGAGACAGGAGUCAUCAUGAGGGAGAUCCGAGAUCUGGAGGACCAGAUUGAAAAUGAGAGUAAGAAUAAGGUGCUAGCUAACUUGGAAAAGAUCACGGCUGACUUCCAACAGAUGAAGAAGGAGAACUCUGCCAUGAUUGCCAAAAUAAAACAACAGUCAUAAUUAAAUCCUUCCAAAGAUUUGUUCAUAAUAAUUAUCUAAUUCUGAUGCUCCUUUUAGGAGGAAAACAGCACUUGAUGAACUACCAUGAGGAAUAUGUGGGCUAGUUUCAGUUUGAGACUAACUUUGGAUUGCCUUAUGACACUUUAUCAAUACUCUGUUAUAUUCAAAUAUGCUGCUCAUAUUCACCAAAGAUGAUCACCCAGUGGUAACCUGAGUUUGUGACCUAGAUUUGAUCUGAAGAUGUGUAACACACACUCAGGUGUUAGAGAGUUUGCUUUAGGAAAUUUGAUGGCAGGUAAAUAUUGUCUUCGGGAGGUUAAGUCGUAAACAUUUCAUGCUGUGGAUAUACCAUUCACAAACAAAAAUAAAUUUCUCCAGGAAAUUCAUACACUGAAAGAUAUUUGUUUGAAAAAUCAUACUAUUCACAUUUCCACACAGAUUCCAGCUUCCACUCCCAGACACACAUGUUCGCAGACAUUCUAAUCUAUUAUAGGUCAAGAACAACAAAUCCUAGUCACAGAUGUCGGGAACCGAACUUGUGCUUCCAUUGACAAUAUUUCUUGUCAGUAAUUUGUAUAAAGUAUUUGUUGUUUGUCAAUGAUCAGGUGCUGAUGUUAGGUUGUUCCUUACUAAAGCAGCACCAGGCAAUACCCUUGCUUAACCUCAAGCUAACACUUGACUUGGAGAGGUCUCACUUUGACUGGUUCCAUUGGUGGUUCGCAGAGCCAGUUUUGCACUUUUAGUCAAUGUGCAGCGCCAAAAACCUGUAUAAAUCUGUACAUUGUAAAUGUCCAUUUGUAGAUGCACGUGCAUGGCAAUAUUGAGUACAUGAACAUGAAUACUCAUACAUGUCUACACAUUGAAAGUUUGUUUUGCAUGAUAAACUUGACAACAAACGUCUCUGCUAAUGUGUGAUUUCAACAGAGCGAUUUUAGUUCACAAUAGUCCACUGUCUGAGUUGUAUUUUAUUCAGAGGACCAGUGAAUGCUUUUUUCAUGAUUACUCCUUAAGUAAUGUUAAAAUGCCUUUUCAUUUGAAAAGAUAAAAGUAAUUUUAUCAUUAUAUUUUUUGCGAAAGGAAAAGGUUUUUAUCUAAUUGUUGACAUUUUUCAAAUAUUAAGUAUAUACAGUUAUACUGUGGACUGGGUGUGUCUAUGCACAAUACCCUGGUGUAAACACCCAUGAGGAGGCUCAGUAUUUAUAGAUGUGAAGUAGCAGGGAUAAAGGGAACUGUGGCAUUAUACAAUAAUCACUCAUGCUUCUUCGAAAUGUAAAACCGGCCAGUCGAUGACAUCAUCUAUAGGCUGGUGUGUACUAAAGUAUCUUGGAAAGGUAAUCAAUAUACCUUUUGUUUUUAUCAUAUGUUUUGUUUUCUUGUAUAUGUUUAUGAAUUAUGAAUAGCUUCAUGAUCCACUGCCCGAUACAUAAUAAACCAUGUGAUACGUUGUACAGUGUUGUCAAGGACUGGGCAAACACAGGAGAUUGUACCUGCAGAACACCGGCUUCAAGUACUGUUAGUCUAACAGUACUUUACUGUCUGUGAAUAUAAUGUCAGUGUUAGGCAGUAACAGUCUCAAUUGUCUCCUGGAACAGAUUCCACUGGGUGUAGCAGGGGUGAGUGAGUGAAUUUAGUUUUAUGCUGCACUCACCAAUAUUCCAGCUAUAUGGUGGUGGUAUGUAAAUAAUCAAGUCUGGACCAGACAGUCCAGUGAUCAACAGCAAGAGCAUCGAUCUGUGCAAUUGGGAACUGAUGACGUGUUAACCAAGUCAGUGAGCCUGACCACCGAUCCCGUUAGUCGCCUCUUACGGGUGUAGCAGGGGAUAUCAGAUGAAGGAUCACUUAUAAUCAGUGAUGGCACAAGGUGUUCAUGAUAAUGGUAAGCUUGUCUCAUGCUGCAGUUCAAACUUCUCACACUCAUGGGAAUGUAACUGAAUGACAUAAAGCUAGAAAGAUAGUGAAUCUUGCUUAAAACAACUUCACAAAUAAUUACUGGUUAAAGGAAGUCAUUGAAUGAUAUUUUAAGACCGGAAUACCUAGAUUAACAUGUAACCUAACAGGAGAUGCUAGCUACCAAAGAUACCAGUGUUCUAACCUCUACAACAGUGUAUAAAGGUGUGUCUUUAUUAUUUGUACCUAUGUCAUCAUAUAAAUGCAGGAGUGGAUUCCACAAAGCAAUUACUGUGCUAUUAUUAUUGUAAGACCGUAUUUGAAGUAUGGGAGUUUUGGUAGUCUUAGUUGAAAGAUUGUUUUGCAGAAUAUUGCCGAAAUCCGAAGAUAAACUGAUUUUCAAUGAGUUAAUGUAAUUCGUUACUGAAUUAAUGCCUGUAGCCUGAGUCUGUUCCAAAACAUGAAGUACUGUCAAGUGUCAUGGUUGAAACAACUGCAUGAGAUAUGUCAACUGAAAGUGGUUCUGAGUUCAAAUCUCAAUGGUUCUUGGUUUGUCUGCACCACAGCCCGGCUCAUUGAUUUCAUUAGUGUACCUGCUUACAAACGGAAUCACUGUGGCGUUCCUUCCACACGAUGUGCAAUAACAGGUACUGAUUAUAGUGGAAUCAGGAAACUGAACAUUUCAAUGUAUAUUUACAUGACAACACUUGAGAUAAUUAUAUGUAAUGGCCAGUGAACAAGUGUACAGUGUACAAGCUUGCCUAUUGUUGAUUGUAUAAAGAUAAUGAUACGCAAAA